UCUAACGGCCAUAGGGGAUUUGAUCCAACGGCUUGCUACUGGCCUGAUAGUUAUAAGCCUCCCCCGCCGCCGGCAGUGAGUUGCCUUCGCGCACAGCCUCCACCCCGCCGCCGCCGCCGCCUCCGCUUUGCCCCUGACGCUGCAACCGCUACCGUCGCCAUGGACCCGGUCAAGCGGGCGGAACUUAGGGCGCGGCUUGAGGAGCUCAAGGCGGAGAUGAAGGAAAAAUCUCUCCCCGGCGCCAGGGUCACCAAUGGUGUCCCCUCCGACAUCCGCGCUUUUCUCGCGGAGGUGGCGAAGAAGCAAAGGGCGGCGCUGCGGGAGGCGUACAGCAACCGCGAACCACUCAUCCUCCGUCUCAACUCCCGGCAAGACCCGUGCGCAUCACCACCAGGACAGGAACAGUGGGUAGUGAAGAGGAUAAGUGGGAGAUACCCGGUCAAGUCGGCGGAACUUAGGGCGCAGUUUAAGGAGAUGAAGGCGAAGCUGAAGGAACAAUCUCUCCCCGGCGCCAAGGUCACCAACGGUGUCCCCUCCAAGAUCCAGCCUUUUCUCGCGGAGGCGGUGAGGAAGAAAAGGGCGGCGCUGCGGGAGGCGUACAGCAACCGCGAACCACCCAUCCUCCGUCUCAACUCCCGGCGAGACCCGUGCGCAUCACCACCAGCUUUCUCUGAAGAUGGAGAGGGAAAGGAAGCAUAAGAACUACUUGUCCAUGAGGAAGUAUAAUAAAGGCCUAGGUCAGGACUGCGAUGCAAUGCCUAGCAUAGUGUGGAAGUAUUUUGUGUUUGCUCUGUUACCUGAAAUGCCUAGAUUGGUGUAAGUGGCAUAUUCUAUUUUGUAUUUGCUCUGUAUACCUCAAGGCUGGCAGCACCCGAUACUUUCCCGCAUCAGAGGACGUAUGUACGUUUAACUUGCAAGGCUCGUUGAUCACUGAAAUGAAGCUCCUGAAUGCAGCUCUAAUUUAUAAGCUCCUGAAUUUUCGUAGUGUUGGGAAUA